GGAAAUGACUUAAAUACCCCGCCACGAGACUUGAAAUAACUACCGGGCCAUCGGCCUAGCUACAGUUACAGGCGAUGUGCUCCGCUGCUUUUCCGCUUCCCGGCCACGUUUUCUCCCCCGCCGCCGUCGGCGUCGAGAAGCGUCGAAAUGGUGGCGUAGCUCUAAGAACAAGGUCCAGGAUCCUUUGCGGCUUUCCUAGAAUUUCCGGCGAACGGGAAAACUCAACUCCUAGCACUAGCGUCGCCGCCGGCAUCGCUAAGUUUCUAUGGGGAAACUCCCUGCCGCCGCAGCUCCUCGUCUCCACCGUCCGUUCCGCGUGGUCCACCGCCUGGCAAAUCAUGAUGUCCCAGCUCGCGCCGUCGGAUCCGUCCGGCGGCUACGCCCGACCCGCCUCCCAAUUCCGCAUCCACAGUCCAAAUUCACCCGCGACCGCGACGCAAUACUCCGGCGGAAACAUCCACUUGUAUGUGGGCAUCCCUUGCCCUUGGGCCCACAGAACCCUAAUUGUCCGAGCCCUGAAAGGUCUGGAAGAUGCCAUUCCCGUUUCAAUUGCAACCCCCGGCGCCGACGGAUCUUGGGAAUUCCGGCAUACCCCUGUCCAGGAGACGACGGAUAAGCUUCUCCCGACUCCAGACAAAGCCAACGGUCUCAAAACCCUCAGGGAAGUUUACAAGUCCGGCAGCGGCAGCUAUAACGGCCGGUCAACGGUCCCUAUGCUCUGGGAUUCAAACAGAAAAACAGUUUUUUGCAACGAGAGCUACGACAUCAUAGAAUUCUUCAAUUCCGGGUUAAACGGCAUAGCAAAGAAUCCAAAAUUAGAUCUUUCUCCCCCAGCACUUAGAGAUCAGAUCACCCAAUGGAACCAGAUCAUAUACCCCAAUGUCAACAAUGGCGUUUAUCGGUGUGGAUUUGCCCAAAGUCAAGAAGCUUAUGAUAGAGCUGUGAAUGAGCUGUUCAAGACAUUAGACAUGAUUGAUGAUCAUUUGGGGAGGUCAAGGUUUCUGUGUGGUGAUGUCUUGACACUCUCCGAUGUCUGCUUCUUCACAACCUUGAUCAGAUUUGACCUUGUUUACAAUGUCCUCUUCAAGUGUUCUAAGAAGAAGAUCAUAGAGUACCCCAACCUCCAUGGGUACAUGACAGACAUUUAUCAGAUACCUAAGGUUGCAGGGACUUGUAACAUGGAAGCUAUAAUGGAUGGAUACUACAAGACUCUUUUCCCACUGAAUCCUAGUGGCAUUCGGCCUAUUAUGCCAUCCGACUACGAGAAUGAUGUGCUGUUGAAGAAACCUCACAACAUGACCAGCUUGUCUAGGAAUGUUCGCAGCUCUGUCUCGUGAAACCAGAUGGUUCGAAUUCUUUUUUCUGGAGGUGUCGCUCUCAUAUAACGGUACAAAUUCAUAACAUAAACUCGCAUCGCAUCAUGUAGUGCAAGAAGUUAUAGGGACAUAAGAUAACAUCAGAUAUGCUGACCCUUAAGUUAGGGGGGUGUCUUAGUUUGGAAGGGUAUGGAGGGAGGGGAAAGGGGAGAAAUGAGAAGGCAUUGGUGGCGCGGGGAGGGGACAAUCUUGGACUCAUCUCGACCUCGACCAUCGACAUCUUGAGACUAAUGGUGUGUUUGGUUUGGAUUCAUGAAAACAUUGUUUUCUUGAUUUUAGAAUGGGGUGUUUCUGAAUGAGGUUAUCCUGGUAU